ACACACCCUGCUUAAGGUGCAGUGCCUUAUUCUUUAACCUAUAUAAACGAAGAAAUAUUGCUCGUUGGUUUAUUAUAAUACGAGUAUCAACAGAAAUAUGGAGGUUCUAAAUCAAACGCUAUAUCUAAGUUUGCUGCUAAUAUCAUCAUUUAUUUCGGAUGUAUUUGGGUAUGAAGUGUGCUACUCUACAACUGACUACGAGUAUUACUGCGAAGACGGGUACUACUGCUGUAAUGGUGACACCAAGUGCUGUGAAGGCAGUUCAGGACCAGACUUACCAGCUGGGGCAAUUGUUGGUAUAGUGGGUGGAGUUUUCUUUUUCAUAAUCUGCUGCUUUUGUGUGCAACGUCAUUGUGUAAAGAAAAAGCAACAACAGAGACAAAUUGUGGAACCAGUACAGCAGCCUGGAGUUGCUGUUGUCGCAACGGAACAGUUAAGACAACCUAGUUAUGAUCUACCAGUUUAUGGAAUGCCAUCUUACGGUCAACAGCAGUACGGUUUCCAGCAGCCAGAAAGCAAUAAUAAAGCGGGAUUUAAUAACGCAGCAUUUCCUCCACCACAAGUAUAUUAUCCGCCUACCGAGAAAAAUUAAACCAUAAAUUUAAUUCUCGUAUUCGUCGCAGGGAAACAGUCAUACGGGUUACAGCAAUUUGGUUUCCACCAUAAAGCCUGUGAUUUAAAGCGGCUAUAGACAAUCUAGCAUAUCCACGAAAUGCUAGGAAUUGCUCAUAGGCAAACUGUGAUACUAUUUAAAUUGCAUUAUUUACGUUUUUGAUAUUAUCAAAUUUGUCUUUAAUGUUUCGUUAUUACUAGUGGGGCUGACAUUAGGAGAAUAUAGCAAAUGGUGAUACAAGAAUGAAACUUUCAGGAAUUCUUCGCCAGACCAUGGAAAUUUCAAAAAUAAAGUGUACCAAAGCAUAAUAUCUCAAAAUGGGCAAAUGAAAAUAGACACAUGCUAGACAUAGAUGAUGUAAAGCUACACAAAAAAUUUAUUUGUACUCUUUAAACCACCCAGUAUUAAUUUAAUGAUGAAAAACAACAGAUCUUUUUUUUAAAAUGGCCGCCACAAUAUAAACAGCUUUUAUAAAAAAUUAUAUAACUUGUCUCAAUUCUGACGGCUGUUUUUAUAUAUAUGGAAAAGUAUCUUUCUUUAGAUAUUAAUGAAACAUAAAAGGGUAGUUCUGCACGAGUGACGGCGUAACGUCAUUUAUCCACAUAACGUAGAAUAAUGUAAGGAAGUUCAUUUCGUCCAAAUACUAGGACACUUUUACCACAUCUGGAAACCACUUCUAUACCCGAUUUAUUUGGAAAUUCUCUUACCGUUGAUUAAUACCUUUAUAAAUCUAGUACAUAUUUUAAAAUUAUUUUCAAAUCCUUAAUUAAAUGAACCUGUCAUCGUUUUGUUAUUUCAUGAUCACUAAGACGUCUAAGAUUCGCCAAUAUCUAGUAUGGAAUCAUGAAUACGAAAUUGUUCCAAAGUUAAUCGUGUUAAAAUGAAUACUUUGUGACGUCAUAUGGAUAAAUCAUGUUUCCCCCUCCCACUGGGUACCUAUUUGACAUCAUCUGAAGAUGUAACGUGCUGAUUUUAAGGUUCAUAUGACAUUUUCUUGAAGACUUCUAAAUAGUCCGGUUUUCUAGGAUCUUCGUCACUUGUAUUGUCCUCUUUAGGGACGCUAUCUCUAUCGGCAAAGACACACAGAAAGGCUCUAUCUGGAGAGGUAGAUCUAGUAUCCAGAUUUGUCAACUAUAAAAUCUUUAAAGGUCCUAAAUCCGUACUAUAAAACAUAUUAACAUGUAGUCAAACUACUUCAAAGAAGUAGGCAGUCCCUUUAACUGGAGUGGUUUUCAAAUAUAACUGCAUAUGUUACCAUAGACCCUUGUAUGUAUGUAUGAAUGACUACUAUGGAUGAUGUUUGCUAUAUUUUGAAGUAAAUAAAUGAGAUAUUUGAAUAAAAUACUGCCUUGCCUCUUA